UGUGCUCUGAGAACGAGUUCUACUGCAAAGCCACUGCAACGAACAGGUUUCUGGAAGUGUUUUUUUCUCCUCUGUGUGCUGAAAGGAAAACGGUUAACCUCUUCUCCUUCCUCUCUCACCAGGUGUGAAUAGGAAGUUGUCCCUUGUUAUUGUGUCUUUCCUUGGUCAUCUCUGUCCUGUCUCAUACUGUACUUCUGACGAUAGAGAACGUGUCUGCACAGACCUUGACUCACCACCGGGAGUCCCACACCGCCUUACCAGCCAUAAGGAAAGACCUCCCUGGCCGCCACUGACCCCCAUCAUGGCAGACAGUCGCCAACCUGAGGACAGCCACCCCCAUUGGGACACGUCAGGGGCACAGGACCCCUCUCCCCCCCCAGCCCACGGGGCUAACGGCUACCCCCCCUCAUACAGGGCGUGCCAGCCAGGGACGGCCCAUGGAGCAGCACCCCCCUCCUACACCUCCAGAGAGAACGGAUUCAAUGGAGACCAUGCAGUUACGGCUGAGCAAGUUUCUGCACGAAUCGUGCAAGAGGUGACAGCAGAAGCAGUGGCAGUACUGAAGGGAGAACAGGAGACAAGACUGCAGUCAGUUGAAGACACGGCAAACCUGCCCCCCUCUCCUCCUCCCUCACCUGCUGCUGAGCACUGCUUUAGACCCCUGGAGCAAGAUGUAGGGGAUGAGGAGAAGGAGGUCUGCCCUCUCCGCCGCUUCCAAAAUUCUCGGGAGAGGUGCAAGUUCCUCGCCCCCUCCAUCUCUGUGUCUGUGCCCGAGGAUGACCCCUACCACUCUGACGAGGAAUACUAUGAUCACCCCUUGUUCAGCCCUGAGUGGGAUCGCUCGGUCUCCUCUCGGCCCACAGUGCUGGCCGCUGCCUUUAGACAGAUCCAAGAGACUGUCGAGGCUCUUACAGAUAACUUCAAAGAGGAGGAGGAGGAGGAGGAGGAGGAAGAAGUGUUGGUGUUGGAGGAGGAGGAGGAGGAGGAGGAGAUGGAAGGGGCAGCAGCAGAAAUCGUGGCUGCUCUUGAGGAGCUGUGGAGUGGGGAUGAGCCUGAGCCAGACGGCCCCCUAACCAAGCCCUUAGAACAGGCUGCGGCUGUAGGCGAGGCCCAGGCUGGGCCCCCUGUGCAGGCAGUGGCAUUUAGUGCUGCUCUUGAUGGCCCUAACGGGAGGGAGGAGGAGGUUGAGGAGGAGGAGGUGGCAGUGCCUGAGGGGAAGGAGGAGAGCCUUGAUGAAGACUUAAAGAUGGACAUGGAGAAACCAGGCAGUGAGAGUGGAUGCCUCAGCCCAGACACUGAACCAGAGUGUCCAGCUUUCUCCAGCGGGGACCACACAGCACCCCCCCUGUACCCCAAAACAGAAAUGGCUUCUCCGUCCCCUUCCCUUUCUAACAGCCAGAGCCAAGCCAAAGAGCCUACCAAAAUGUCUAUAUCAGAUGAACCUAAAACAGUCUCAGAGAAGCAGCCGUCAGUAGAAGUUCUUGAGUCCAGUAACCUCACAACGGUUGCAGUGUCUGGGUUCACUAGAGCUGGAGACAAAGAUCAAGGUCAAGGUGUCUCCUCUGACUCUAACAAAGACAAAUCUGGCAUGUCGUCUUAUUUCGAGACUUUGGCCCUGAAGGCAGAUGAGGGAUCCAAGGAGGCUCAAGCAGCAGAAGGUUAUUAUGAACUGAGCACCGCAGGUCAAGAGAAGAGCUUAGGGAGAAGCUCCCCAACAGUUACGUCACCCCCUGAGAUCAACUACAGCAUGUUGGCACAAACACAGUCAGUGGAGAAGAAGCCAGACACCAAGACCAGUCCGAUGGGAGAUCAAAAGGAUACCUUACCGGCCCUGGACAGGAGCAACGAAUGUAGGCUUUCCCCCGGGAAAUUGGCCCUGGAUCAGAGAAGCUACUCUCUCAACAUUACGAUUGGAUCGAUGGAUCCCAGUGGCCAGGGCCUACCUAGGAACUUCUCCCCACUGGCCACGGACAUCAUGUCUUUUACCAGUGGCAGUCUGGAUGAGUCUGUCAACUAUCUCCCAGUUACCACCCUGUCUGCAGAGAAGGUGCCCCCGCCUUUCCCUCCCCUGAUCCUGGAGACGGCCGCCUCAGUCACGUCCGACUCCUCGUCUCCUCCCUACAUCACAGGAGAGAUCCCCGGCGAAAAGACCAGCCCCCAGGGGUCAGAGUCGCCAGAGUCUCCCUUUCCACCCAAAUACUACUACAAAAACGGGACAGUCAUGGCUCCUGACCUACCUGAGAUGCUGGACCUUGCAGGCACCAGGUCUAGACUAGCUUCUGAGAACAAUGACCCAGCGACCAUGAGGAGGAUGUCUGUCCCUGCAGACGCCCAAGGCAUUGGGAGCGACUCCCUGGCCAACCUGGUCCUGGGGGACCAGAAUCAGAGCCAGAGUCUUGCCAAGAGUGAGAGCCAGCUGGAAGAGUUGGGUUACUGUGUGUUCAGUGAGUACUCAGGACCCAUGCCUUCCCCUGCUGACCUCCAUAGUCCCAUUGACUCCCCACCCCAGCGCUUCACCCCUAUGGCUCUGGAGGAAAAGAUGGCAGAGGAAAAACUGAAGAUUGAAGCUAGAGACAAACUAGCCGGAGACGAGAAGACAAAUCAGUUAACUGUGUGUGACGGUUCCAAAGAAAAGGAAGAAGCAAAACAAGUGGGACGGAAAGAUUCCGCUUCAGAGGAAAAAGACAACAAAGAGAUCAGCCAUGAAAAAUCUGCCAAGGAGGACCAAAACGACAAACCGGCUUCAGCUCUGAAGUCAGCAGAGUCCUUUGUGACUCCUACGGUAAUGGUCACCCUGGAUGAGGAGGGAAAGGCAGAGAACGAGGGACCAGAGACAGAUGCUGAGAUAGCUGCCUACGAGAGGCAGAUCCGCCGGCUGGAGAUGGAGGACAGGCCCCUGAGCAUGGAGGAGGAGCGAGAGCUGCAGGAGUUAAGGGAGAAGGUGAAGGACAAGUUCUUGGUGCACCAGGAGGCAUACGAGGAGGUGGAUGCCGAAGAUGUCUACCAACUGACUGGGGUUGCCAAGGACCGGAUCAGCAGGCCCGCCAGGCCCUCCCCGGCCUCCUCCGUGGAGAGCACCACAGAAGAAGAGAAGGUUCCAGUUAUGGACACCGAGAAACCUAAACAGACGGGAGGUCAGACAACGCCUCCGAAGGUUGACUUCAUGGCAGCAUCUCCGUCUGUGUCAGGUGGUGGUGUGAGCACCACAGAAGAAGAGAAGGUUCCAGUUAUGGACACCGAGAAACCUAAACAGACGGGAGGUCAGACAACGCCUCCGACGGUUGACUUCAUGGUGACAUCUCCGUCUGUGUCAGGUGGUGGUGUGAGCACCACAGAAGAUGAGAAGGUUCCAGUUAUGGACACAGAGAAACCUAAACAGACGGGAGGUCAGACAACGCCUCCGAAGGUUGACUUCAUGGCGACAUCUCCGUCUGUGUCAGGUGGUGGUGUGAGCACCACAGAAGAAGAGAAGGGGAAAGUUAGCGAAGAGAAGCUGAAGAAGGAGCAGGUUGUAGAGGUCAAAGAAAAGCACAUAGAAGAAAAGCAAAAGGAAGAUGGGGAGGAGGAUUAUAUAGAGCAGGUGGUGGAACAGGAGGAAAUCAUGAUAGAGAUAAAACCAACAAAUCCUGGAGAGAAAGAAGAGAAGUUUGAGAAGGAUAUAAUGAAAGACAAGGAGGAAGAAGAAGAAGAAGAAGAAGAAGAAGAAGAAGAAGAAGAGGAAGAUGGUGAAGUUCUGGCAGGGGCAGGAGCAGCGGUGGAUGAUGUUCCAGAGCCCAGAGCUGCCAUAGAGUCAGUGGUGACUGUAGAAGAUGACUUCAUCACUGUAGUCCAAACCAUCGACGAGGGUGAGGAGCCAGGACACAGCGUGCGUUUCUCUGCUCCACCUGAGCCUGAGACACCACAGGCUCUCCACGAGCAGGAGGAAGAGGAGGAGGAGGAGUCCCAGGAGGUGGAGAUCAUGGAGGCAGCAAGUCUGGAGGAGGUGGGGGAUGUCUCAGAGGAGGUCUGUGAGAAGGAGGUGCAGGCCUCCCCAGAGAAGGAGGUGCAGACAGAGACCGAGGGACAGACAGAGAGCUACGACAGAGACGAGACCACCAUGGACGACUCAAUCCUAGACAGCUCUUGGGUCGACACUCAAGACCUCUGCACUGUAGAUGUGGAUGAUGACAAGAGCAUGGCUACAGAGCAGAUCGAGCCCCUGAGAGCCGACCGGGUCCCAGCCCCACCAGUCAAGAAGGAGAAGACUCCCCAACAGCAGAAGCAGGAGAAGCAGCCAGUGAAUCCCAAGGCUAAAGGGGGGCGGGUGAAAGCGCGCGAGGGGCACGUCUCCACACCAGAACGUAAACCCAUUCACAAGCAGCCGGUCUAUAUCCCCAGGGAGGACGUCAAGAAGACAAAAGCCGUGAUUAAGAAGACUGAGCUGACCAAGAAAGCUGAGAUGCGCUCCUCUCCAUCUCGGAAGAGUGUGUUAAAGUCUACUGCGGUCCGACACUCGCGUCCUGCCCAGGCCCACCCCUGUGCUAGGAGGAAACCUACAGUGGGUGUACCAGAGGGUCGUCGGCCCCUCAGUGUUGCUAGACAGUCUCGGGACAGAGCCUCAGUGGAGCUUGAUAGGCCCCGUCCCUCCUCGGUCGGGCCUCGUGACACCCCAACACUACACAGACUGAUAGACGUGGAUGGUGGUUCUCAGAGCCCAAAGAGGUCAUCCCUGCCGCGGCCUACCUCUAUCCUGAGCCGGCGUACCCACCACCACCCACACGACCAGGAGGAGAGCUCCACCUCAAUCACCAGCUCCGGCUCCACCGCACCCCGCAGACCUACGUCUUUCCGUACAGAGGUCAGGGCGGAGCAUAGAACAGGACGUGCCCCUAGUUGGACAGGCACACAGUCGAUGCGUUCCCGCUCGCUGUGCAGCGGUCCCACCACACCCCGCACCCCAGGGUCCACAGCCAUCACCCCUGGAACCCCUCCCAGCUACAGCUACUCCUGCCGCACACCCGGAACCCCUCGCACCCCCGGCACACCACGUUCACUCAGCCUGCUGCAGGAGAAGAAGGUGGCUCUGCUCCGCACCCCUCCCAAGUCCCCUGCCACCACCCCCAAACAGCUCCGCGUCCUCAACCAGCCCCUGCCAGACCUCAAAAAUGUCAAGUCUAAGAUCGGCUCCACAGACAACAUCAAUUACCAGCCCAAGGGGGGCCAGGUGCAGAUCCAGACCAAGAAGAUUGACCUGAGUCAUGUGACCUCCAAGUGUGGAUCCCUGGACAACAUUCGCCACCGGCCAGGGGGAGGUAACGUGCGCAUAGAAAAUGUGAAGCUGGACUUCAAAGACAAGGCCCAGCCCAAGGUGGGUUCCCUGGAUAAUGCACACCACACCCCUGGUGGAGGCCUCAUUAUGAUCGAGAGCCACAAGCUGUUGUUCCGUGACACGGCCAAGGCCCGGGUGGACCACGGGGCGGAGAUCAUCAUGACCCAGUCACCGGGAAUGGGCAUGUCAGGGACGCUGUCCCCCCACCGCCACAGCCACCUGUCCUCCUCCGACAGCAUCAACUUGCUGGAGCCUCCACAGCUAGCCACUCUGGCUGACGAUGUCACCACUGCCCUGACCAUGCAGGGUUUGUGAGAGCCUUGACAACCUCUACCUGGAUACAUUGACCCCCACCCUGCCUCCAGUCAAUCCCAGCCCAGAUAUCCAGGCACGCAGACACCCCAGGCACCGGACACCUUCACCCUUCCUCCAGCCACCAUAUCCCCCAGGCCUGGACCCCCCUCACCCAGUCCUGCCUCCAGUUUCACUCCAGUCCACCACAGCCCCGGACACCUUUCCCUGCCUACAGUCUCCCUCCAGCCCCGGACGGUUUCCCCUGCCUCCAGACGACUAAUCCCAGACUCCUGACACCCUCAACUUGCUUCCAGUUUAACCUGACCCCAAGCCUCGGACUCCCUCACUUUCCUCUAGUCCACCACAGGCUCCCUCAUAAAUCCUCCACCCAGCCUUCAAUUUCCCUCAAUUCCACCUCCAGCCUCGGGUACCGAACAGCCCACCCUGCCUCAACCCCACUCUGCUUCUAGUCCACUCUGCCUCCAGUCCACUCUGCCUGUAGACUGCUCAGCCCCCCGGACAACUUCCCUUUGCCUCCACUCAGCCUCUACUCUUCCUGCGAGUCCAUCCCAGACACCCUCGCCCCAACCGACCUCUAGUCCACCCUAGACUCCCUCACCCUGUCCCAGCCCUCAGACUCAGACACCGCCAUCCUGCAGCAGCCUCAUAUCCGCCGCCCGAUGGAGCUGCCUACCCUGCCCUAUGUCAUCAAGAUAAAUGAAGAAACAACAACAACAACCCCGAGGGAACUACAGACUAUUUAGAAAGUACUUUUGGUCUAUUUUUGUUGAUAUUUCCAUUCCAAGUACCUGUAUUUGGUGUAUUUGAUUUAUUUAUGCUGCAUAUAGAUAGAUAGGUGUAUACAUAGUUAGAUGGUGUUGAAGGUAGGGUGGGGUGGUCUCUGUUCAGUGCUUAGAAGCAGCUUUCUCUUGCCAUAGGUAGAAAGUCACGUGGCCAUGCCCAUACAAUACCCGUGCCUACUUGCCAACACGUCUUGUUUUUCUCAGUAAAGUGAAUGGAUGCCAGACUCAAUAUUCACCAUACAUCAAGCAUCCUUGAGGCAAAUCAUGCUUGUCCAACAUCCAAUAUAUAAUAAAUAUAUAAACAACUAUUAUAUAUACAGUACCAGUCAAAAGUUUGGACACAUCUAUUCA